AUGUCUACUCUUUUAAAGUCAGCCAACUCACUCAAGCCAUUGCUGAACAGAGUUCUCGUUCAAAGAGCUAAGGCCGCCACCAAGACUGCUUCUGGUAUCUACAUUCCCGAGAAGAACGUGGAGAAGUUGCACCAGGCAACGGUGAUUGCCACUGGUCCAGGUGUUCCAAACCAAAAUGGAUCAUUGGAACCAACUAUCGUCAAAGCCGGCGACAAUGUGUUGAUUCCCUCGUUCGGUGGAUCUCCAGUCAAGAUCAACGAUGAAGAGUAUCUGUUGUUCUCCGACAGAGAGAUUCUUGCCAAGAUCGAGAAUUAA